CUUUUAGUUUGGAUCAUGGCCCCUAACUAUCUUUCAGAAAUCGUAAAUCGGGACUUCUCUAGAAUAAGCACCCAAAAUCGAGUCAUCAACUAUUUGGUAAAGCCGCUGAGCUUCGAAGUCAAAACCGCUCAGUCCUUGAUCAUAAUGGUGCGACGCCUACGGAUGAAGGAGCUGUACGAGAACGAACAAAAGCAGCAGCAGCAGGAAUUGAAUGCAAUGGGAAAGAGUACUUAUCCGAUGAGCGUUUGCGAACAUGAUCGUUGGUGCUACGAAGCCUAUUAAGAUCAGUGGACAACUGUAAAAUUCUCUAUAGUGCACUCAAUGAGCAAGUCAGAAGAGGAAAAUAUUUGUGCGACUCAACAUUUUUAUUAUUAUUACGAAAUCGGAGCCGCACAAAUGUUUGCUCUUCAAAUCCUUGCUCCCGAAAUAAAAGUCACUUAUAGUAUGUGUGUAUGAA